CUGCAGUCUGGCAACAAGCGGCAGCUGCAAACCUAGGAAAGGCGUGAAUUCAAUUUUUUGUUUUAAUUUGUAGUUCGAAACACAGAUCAGUGAUAGUGAUAUGUGCGGUGCUUUCAGUGAGCAAAAGCAAGGAGAAUGACGAGGGUUCGCGUGGAAGUUUUAGUCCUCGUUCUAAUUAUAGCGCACAGUUGCCAUUCUAUUACUACUAACAGUAAGAAAGUAGUGAACUCCAGUGGGAACGCUAGAGAUACGCAAAGUGUAACAUUUUCCUCUAAUGGAGAAGAUCAGCUAAUAUUUCGGGAUCCAACUUUUCCACCUCCGAGCGGUGAUGCCAGAACCAUACAAAAUCCUAACAGAAGAGCCGAUUACGAAAAUGGUGCCGACGAGUUCUUCGAACGAGGUUGGAUGCCGUUACACAGCUACCGUUUCGAUGGAGAUGGAGGGAGCAAAAUAUCAGAUCAACAACCUCAGGAAAACGUUCAUCGACCAGCUGUACGGAUAGAGCCCCCAAAUCGGAUGACAAAGUUUUUACGAUUCUCCGAAUCGGAUAUAAUGCAAACACCGAUGAAUGAUCAAGAAGUGUUGUCCAUAAGUGAAAAUGUGAUCAAAUCAAAUGAAGAUACGUCUGAAGAAGAAUACGAAGAGGACUCUAGCAGUUUGCAAGCUAGUGAUGAGCAUGAACCUUCCCCACUGGCGGUCAAUCUGACACAUGCCUUUCCAAGAAUGUUGAAGUUUGAGGAGUCUGAUCGAAUGGAAAUGGGAACGAGAAUGCCAAGUGUGUUGAAAUUUUCCGAUGAUAGCACAAAAAGGGAAAUGUCCAACGUAGACUCCCAACAACCAGCAAACUAUGAAGUAUACGUAAUUGAGAAUCUUAUGAAAAAUACAACUGGUUCAUUGCGGUUUGAUAAUCCAGUUAUGAAUAAUGCAUCAGCUUCUAGUGAUGAGUUUUCAAAUUCGCCCAGAAACUCUAGUAGGUUCUUUCGAUUCGAGGAACAGGAUCGACCAAGAGUGGAAAAGAGUCCGGUCGUUUUGAAAUUUCAGGACAACAAUCCUCAGCAAGCCAAUUUCAAAUUCCCGAAUAGUGAUGUGUCGCGAGCAGGAGAAAUGCACUAUUAUACCGAUACCCCAAUUAAAUUUCAUGAUACCGACAGCAGACCACAAACACUUCCAUCCAGUCAAAUGCGCUUCGAGGAUAAUGAUUCUGGACCUUUAAAGUUUGCCGCUGAUAGUCCUACAAGCUCCCAGGCGGAGUCUGAUCAGUUUUAUACCGUAAAGGCAACUUAUCAGAUUGGCAAUUGGAAUUCUGCCGCUGCCAUUACACCUCCUACGCUGCCAGCAACAAGCUACAGGCCGAAACAGAAAAAGCCGAAAAUUUACAAUCCCAAUUUACUGGAUAUUCGUAAGCAAGAUGGAUUCAAUUAUCAAUCGCCUUCUGAAUAUGACAACUUCCUUCAAAGUGCUCAACAAGCUCAACCUGUCCUAAUGAAUUACCAGUCUAAUUCUCAAAUUCCUUCAACAUCUGAAGGCUUGCCUAAUAAUAACCCCUAUUACCCAACCCAAGGAACUCCUUACCCUCCGUUUAGUCAAAACAAUUACUACAUCCAGGACUACCUAUCCAACUAUCCGUAUGCAGUGACGAACCCAAAUCAGCAACCAUUAGCCGAUAGUUCUGCACUUUAUCCCUCUCUGUAUCCUCAGCAUCCAAAUGUACCGACAAAUCUCAUUAAUGGAGGACAAACCGACAGUCCUGUGAGUGCCCAAAGUAUUUUCGGGUUCCUGCAGAGCAUUUUUAAUUUUGCUCCCGGAACAUUCAAUAGCUUUCAGUCCCUAGGCCAAACUGGUAACGUCGCUUCGGCAGACUCCCAGCAGUCCAAUGCUGGACAGAGUUCCCCUAUUAUGGCGGUUAGCACACAGUUGCGAAAAGCAUUAGAUAACAUCGCUGGGAAUGAUGAACUUCAGUGUGUCCCAAAACUCAUCUGUAUGAUGUCGCGAAGAUCAAGUGGACAAGGUUUCAGUACCUACGUCAAUCGUGGAUUGUUAAGCACGGUUCUCAGUGCCGUUCCCGAUAGUUCACCGUGGUUGAAAUUCUCACGUGCCGCCCUGCUUGGAUAUGGCAUCGGAGCCAACAGUUGCGACAUAUACUAUCCGAAAUGUCCGAAGGACGAGUCGGAGAUAAUCUACUAUCUGAACAAUCAUCGUGGAGGCUUCUUUCGCUUCUUCAAUGAUGCUACUAACAACGCGAACAGUGGUUGACGAUCGUGCCAAUUUCAGACAGUCGCUGGACAAACACAAUUGUAUGAUAGAACAGGAGAAUGUGUGAUUAUUUAUUGCUAGUUUGUAGAUUAAAUAAAAUAAAUUGAUUUAUCAA